AUGGAACAUUACAAAAGGAUGCAAUGUUGGGUUAUUGUGAAGAGAAUGAUUGAAGGGAGAGACGGUUGGGCAUUGAAAGAAUCUCUUGAUCUCAAAUUUUUGAAGGGUUUGGAGAAGAACAAAUCAAAGGUACAGAAAGCAAUUGGUUUGAAAGAUAUUGAAGCCAAGUUGAAAUCAUAUUCAACUCCAGAUGAAUUUGCAAAGGAUAUGAGAUUUGUUUUCUCUCAAGGAUUGCUUUACCAUCCAAGGCAUAUUGUUCACAGAAUUGCUACGAAAUUUAGUGAAACUUUUGAGAAUAAAUGGAAAAGUUUGAAUGAAGAAUGGACAAUUGAAGAAAGGAAAGUGAAAAGGAUUCAUAAGAGGAAGAGGGAACAAGCUGUUUAUGAUAAUGAGAGGAAAUGUCUCAGUUUGCAACCCAAAAGCUCACAACUUUGUGCAACAUACUGA